GCAGAUGAUCGUCUCGACUUUUUGAUUCUUGUUGAUGUCGCUCUCAUCAAUGUUAAGUCUCCUAUAUGCUUGCCCUUACUUGUGCGGGCUCGUUUUCUACCAAACCAUGCCCACGCCAUCACUCCUACCUCCACAUCUUCUUCUGACUUGAGUUCCUUUGAUACAUCUUCUGCUGUAAAUACCAGUCUAUUAGAAGGCUCUGGAAAACCAGAAACGCAAGAUCGCUCUACUUCGUUUUCCCAAGAGUUUUCUCUUCGCCUCAAAAUGGAUUAUAAAUGUCUAAUACUCUAG